ACUAUAAAUUCGAUAGGUGUUGGCAGAACGCAGAUUCAGAAUAUUUUGAAGAGAAAGGCAGAAGUGUUAGAAGAAUUUCAGGUCUGUGCCCCAGAUAGAAAGCGUGCAAAACGUGUGACAGGGAACGAAGACAUAAACACCCUUGUCUGGGAAUUUUUUAAAGAUUGUCGGAAACGAAAUGCCCCAGUGAACGGGCCUCUACUACAAGCAAAGGCAUUGCAGUUUGCUGAGAAUUUAAAAUUAGAAACAUUUAAAGCUUCUAACGGAUGGCUACGGUCAUUUCUUUCCCGACACAAUAUAGUUUUCGGAUGUAUGAGCGGUGAGCGGGCAGACGUGGAUAUGGGUGUAGUAGACUAUUUUAAAUCAAAAGUGCCACAGUUGUGUAGUGGGUUUCUGCCAAAAGACAUCUUCAACAUGGACGAAACCGGUUUAUUUUACAAAGACGGGUCGCGGAAAACUUUCCACGUUAAGGGGGAUGACUGUGCCGGAGGAAAGCGGUCAAAGGAGAGACUUUCAGUUGCAUUGUGUGCCAGUUUGACCGGAGAAAAGCUGAAACCCCUAGUGUUAGGACGAUCCAAAAAACCUCGAUGUUUUAGCAAGGUGAAGGACGUGAACAAGCUUCCCGUUAUGUAUCGAAGCAAUAAGAAGGCCUGGAUGACGGCGGCUAUUUUCGAAGAAUGGCUGCUGUCAGUAAAUAAGCAGAUGCGGCGAGAAAAUAGAAACAUUCUCUUAUUUUUGGAUAACGCGCCAUCACAUCCACAUUUAGAACUGUCCAACGUUAAGCUCCAGUUUUUUCCAGCUAAUACAACAUCAAAGCCACAGCCUAUGGACCAAGGGAUCAUUGAAACGUUUAAAAAACAUUAUCGGAAAAGACAGUUAGAACAUGUGAUCAUGCAGAUGGAAAAAGACACGACCUCCACAAACACAGAGAUUCUUAAAUGUUUAGAUAUACUGACUGUAAUAUAUUGGAUAAGUAAUUCUUGGAAAAGUGUUUUGGAUACAACUAUAACGAAGUGUUUUAGACGUUGUGGUUUUCAACUUGACAAAGCUGAAAGUGAAAGUGACGAAGACGACGAAUUUAAUUUGCCACUUUCACUAUUAAGGUUGUCAAAACAAGUUUUUGAUACAGACUUUGUUUCAUUACCAACAAUAGACUGCGACUUAGCAACUUGUGACGUGAAUGUCGGUGAAAUUGACUGGACAAAAUCAGCUAAUGAUUUAUUAGCCGAGGAGAUAGGAGAAAGAAAUUAUGACCACGAAAGUGAUGACGAGGAAGAAUUAAAAGAGAUAGAAAGUGAAAAAUGUAUUAAUAUGGACACAGCUUUAAGUUAUUGUGACCAAAUUAAAACUUUGGCAGAAAGGGAGGGCAAUUUUGAACUUUUGGAUGCCAUUAUGAGUGCUAGAGACAUCACAUCAAAAUUGAUUGUUAAAAAAUGUGCUAAACAACCAAAAAUUAAUGAAUUCUUUGUUGUUUAAUGAGAUAUACAUUGUUUGUUGUUUAAUGAAAUAUAAGUAUUGUUUGUUUUAAUAAACCACCUGACACAGUU